GAGACACUGAGAGGGACAAAGAGACAGAGGCAGUAUGAUCACCUCAUCUCUUCGCUCGGUGGUGAGGAGCAGAGCACUGAGGGUAUCGGUGCCUGGAGAUGGAGGGAUAAAGGAGAAUAUAGGAGCAGUGGACAGAGGGACAGCCCUGAGAGACAGAAAGAAAGAAGGAUGCAGUGGACAGGUGAGGAAGUUUGAAGACAUUCCACACACAGGCCGUAACGGCUGGAUGAACCUUCUGCACUUCUGGAGGAACGGAACCUUCAGCCACCUUCACAAGCACAUGGAGCAAAACUUCAACACGCUCGGGCCUAUUUACAGGCAGUACUUGGGCUCUCAGUGCAGUGUGAACAUCAUUCUCCCGGUGGAUAUCGCCGAACUCUUCCACUCUGAGGGACUGAAUCCACGCCGUAUGGCGCUGCAGCCCUGGAACACACACCGUGAAACACGCAAACACAGCAAGGGAGUCUUCCUCAAAAAUGGACCGGAGUGGCGCUCUGACCGCUUGCUGUUGAACCGUGAGGUGAUGUUGAGCUCGGCCGUACGCCGGUUCCUGCCCCUGCUGGACGAGGUGGCUCGGGAUUUUUCACAUGUCCUGCAGCAUAAAGUCCACACUAAGGGACAGGUGAAGAAUGGCACACAUACACUGACCUUUGACCCGAGCCCUGAGCUUUUCCGCUUUGCUUUAGAAGCAAGUUGUCAUGUCCUGUACAGCGAGCGCAUCGGUCUCUUUUCCUCCAAGCCGUCUCAGGAGUCAGAGCGCUUUAUUCUGGCAGUGGAGCGAAUGCUAAACACAACGCCUCCCCUGCUCUAUGUGCCCCGCCCACUGCUCCGGUUCUACACACCCCUGUGGACUCACCAUGCGACUGCGUGGGACCACAUCUUCAGUCACGCUGAUGAGCGAAUCCAGCGUGUGUAUAAGCGGCUCCAGGGUCGGGGGGGCAGUGAGGAGGCAGCAGACAGCUCAAGGUUCCCCGGGGUGCUGUGGCAGCUGAUGGAGAGAGGACAGCUUCCGCUGGAGGUCAUCAAGGCUAACAUCACUGAACUAAUGGCAGGAGGAGUUGAUACUACGGCGGUUCCCCUGCAGUUUGCGUUGUUUGAGUUGGCACGUAACCCUGGUGUUCAGGAAAGUGUGCGUGCUCAGGUGCAGGCAUCAUGGUUAAAAGCAGAGGGGAAUCCCCAAAAGGCUCUGCAGGGGGCGCCUCUACUCAAGGGCACAAUAAAGGAGACACUCAGGCUGUAUCCUGUGGGCAUUACAGUACAGAGAUAUCCAGUCAGAGACAUUGUACUACAGAAUUAUCACAUACCAGCCGGGACAAUGGUGCAGGUGUGUCUUUACCCUCUGGGCCGGAGUCAAGAUGUAUUUCAGGACCCUUUAGUCUUUGACCCUCAUCGCUGGGCUUGUGCUGAGAGAGGAGAGAGGCGGGGCAAAAAUGAUGUCACAGCAGAGACAGAUACAGGGGCAGGGUUUCGAUCCCUGGCCUUCGGGUUCGGGGCAAGGCAGUGUGUGGGUCGGAGGAUCGCUGAAAAUGAGAUGCAGCUCUUCCUUCUGCAUAUUCUGAAGAAUUUCCGUUUGAGUGUUUCGUCCAAAGAGGAGCUCAGUACCAAAUACACACUUAUUCUCCAACCAGAGUCUCCACCCACAAUCACCUUCUCCUCCCUCUCACCCUGAUCACCUGUUUAACCAAUCAGAAGGUCUCCUGAUCAGACCAUGUGACUC